CCCAAACCAUUCUGGGAUUCUAUUAGAUGCAGACAAAAUUUAUUUUUUAAAAUUUGCACGACUCUGAUACUUGGGUAGUGUUGCUCUCAUCAUUGUUAUUAGUGUGAACAAAACCCCACUUUUCAUAGUUAGCUUUAAUACCUACUCCUUAGUUUAUGCUAGAAACAGGAAAGCCUUAGAAGAAAAAAUGCAAGUUACAUUUCAAAAAUAAUUUUCUGAAAUCACAGUGUUAUCCUAAAGGAAUAAUGAUAAUUUUUGUUUGAUUUGUGGAUGGCUUUUGUUGUUAUGUUUUAAAUUUUUCUGGGUUGAAAUUUGUGUUACUUGGGAGAAAUCAGUACAGUUUACAGUGAGCCCCACUUUGGGCUCAUAUUGUUUGGAUCAGUGAAGUUUGGCAUCCCCAGGUUUUGGUGGUUUCUAGCUGGAAGCACAGAUCCAACCACACUUGAAGCUUUUUCCUCCUUAAAGCUGCUACUUCAAGGUGAGACAAAUCAGAACAAGUAAUUGUUUAAACUUAAAAGUGUGUGUACUAAAUACAGGAAUUAUUACAAAGGCAGGAAAUAGGGCUUUCAAAUGAGUGCUUUGGAAUUGUGAGGUUUGACUGGACUUGUCAACCCCCUUGCCUAGAUUUAUUUCUGAUUUUUUUUUGGAUUUUCUGUGAUGAGCACUAAGCUUGAUAUGGAAAUAUUGAAACUUUUUACUGGGGAAUGAUUUAUUGUUUAGUGACUUGGGAACUCUGAGUGGAGUUUGUCAGGACCAGCUUCAGAUUCCUGCUGUAAAGUGCAGGUGUCACAAUAUCAGUUAUCAAAUCAUGGAGAGAGCAGCAGAAAAGUGGUUUAGGUGCAGUUCACAACUUGUGAGGAUUUUAUGGAAUAGUUCUGGUGCUUCCAGGCAACUUUGGAGUGAGGAUAAAACCUGGAAUGUUAUUAUUUUAUGAACUGUGGUAUGGAUUAAUAAGGACAGCGUGCCUAAGAGUUUUAAAGUAUUCUGGUUUUUAGGAACUCCAUCAGAAUUUGUGUUAUUAAUACAAAAUAUUCUGGUUUUUAGGAACUCUGUCGGAAUUUGUGUUAUUAAUACAGAGUAUCAAAGCAGUGCAAUGUCUUCAAAUGCAACACAACUGCUCUGUAGCUAAAAUUUAAGUGCUAUAAAUUUCCCUUGGAGUGACAUGAAUUACUUCAAAAUCAUCCAUGAAAUCAGCCAGUGAGGGAACUCCCUGGAAUCAUCACACCAGCAACUUCCCCAUACUUGAGGUGGAAUUUAUAAUGGUGGAUAUUUUUUUGUAGUUCAGUUUUUCAUUUAAAAAGCCUCUGUGUCUGUGUGUUGGUCCUUAAAGGUGUGUGAUAGGUCGACAGCAAUCUCAAAUCCAAUCCCAAAAAUCCCAAAACUCUACAGCCAGUUUGGGAUUAGUAAAGGAAAAAAGACUUUUAAUAUCAAUAAGGCUGUGCAAAUCCUGCAAGUGGAAGGAGGGGACAGCCCAAAUUCUCAAAAUACACACUUGCCCACGUGCCAAGUUAUUUUAUUUUUACAGUUGGUUUUAUUUUAAAAUUGUCAUCGCUGUGUUAGAUGAAAUCCACCUUUAUUUAUGGUAGACACCAGAGCUGGGUGGAUGUCACCCAGCGAAAUAGUUGGAAAAUACAUGGGAUUAUUUAACCGAUUAAAAAGAUUCUGCACCAAUUCCUAACCCUGCCUGUAUUCAAACUACAAAAGUACUUGGAGAUCCUCCCCCUCUCUCCUGAAAGCUGUUCUCUUUGGUCAGGUAUUGAAUAAUUUAUAUCAUGUGAGACUCUUGCACAUGAUGUAUUCAUCCCUUGUUUAGCGCUUACAUUCAUGGUUUGGCAUGCUGGCUGUACAUUGAUAUGGGAGAUGCUUCCCAUUUUUUCUCUACCAACUGUUUAAAUAUAUCUUGUGCCUCAGUAACUACAAAUGGGAAAUAGAAUAAUUCAAGUAAUUUCCCUUGAUGGGUUUGAUGCAUAGGAAAAGAUUUCUUUUUUAAUUUUUUUUUAAAAUAUAUAUCUGUUUGUACAAAAGGAGAGCUUUAAAGACGAUGCUGAUAUUUAUGCUAACUUUCUGUUCAGCUGGAAAUGCUGGGUAUUGAUUUGGGAUAAAAUAUUGGGUGUUUUUCACCUCUCGUGCGGUUUGACGUGCUGCCACGCAGCAGGUAAUUUAUUCCAUCGCUAAUUAGUUUUGCUCUGCAAACUGCAAAUUGUGAGUAAUGUUCUUUGGAGGUGGGGGAAGGAGGAGGCGCUGCACCAACACGAGGAACUCUCGGUUAAGUGCUGAUAAAAGUCUUUCCGUGCAAGGCCAGCGGAGCAGCCCAGCACAGGGAUUAGCGCUGCAAAGUCCCGGCCCAGCCCGGAUUGCUCGGGAAAUCUUGUGAGCCCCUGGCCAGGGAACGCUGCUGCUGCUGCUGGGGCUGCGAGAGGAGCACAAAGGAAACGCAAUAAAUGGGUUCCAAAAGCUGCCUCGAGAUAAAGAAUGGGCGGCACUGAUUUUUGGGGUGUGUGGUGCACACACGCUGUGGAGUUCCUUCUGGUUUAGGGCAUACAGGGAGAGAUUUCAGGAGCUUCACUGAGGGAGUUGCUGGUGUUCCAGGGCAUGGAAGGGGAUAAGUCAGUAGUUUCACUCCUGCUAAAAUGUCCCAAAUGAAGUUACUAAUUCAGGGAGAGAUUUCAGGAGCUUCACUGAGGGAGUUGCUGGUGUUUCAGAACAUGGAAUGAGAUAUGUCAGUACUUUCACUGCUGCUAAAGUAUCCAAAAUGAAGUUACUGAAUCAGGGAGAGAUUUCAGGAGCUUCUCUGAGGGAGUUGCUGGUAUUCCAGGGCAUGGAAGGAGAGAUUUCAAUAGUUUCACUCCUGCUAAAGUGUCCAAAAUGAAGUUGUUGAAUGAGGGAGAGAAUUCAGGAGCUUCACUGAGGGAGUUGCUGGUGUUUCAGAACAUGGAAUGAGAUAUGUCAGUAGUUUUCACUCUUGCUAAAGUAUCCAAAAUGAAUUUACUGAAUCAGGGAGAGAUUUCAGGAGCUUCACUGAGGGAGUUGCUGGUGUUCCAGGGCAUGGAAGGAGAUAUGUCAGUAGUUUCACUGCUGCUAAAAUGCCCAAGAUGAAGUUGUUGAAUGAGGGAGCGGGUAAAACUCUGAAGUUCUGUUGGAACUGACAUUUUGGGCGCUUGGUAAAAUGAGGUUCCCCGCUGCAGCUCUGUCAAGUUGGGCCGUGCCGGGGCCCCUCAAAGCCGGGAUGGCUCUGCCCGUGCCCCCUCCUUCCCCGAGCCCCGGUGCUGUCCCCGCUGUGCCAGGGCGGCGAGGCCACCCCGGCGGUGUCUCCUGGCCAGUGGCACCUUGUCCCCUGUCCGGUGGCACCUUGGCGGAGCCCCGGAGAACAGGAAGCACCCCCCACCCCCUCGGCAGGUGAGUGACUCGCAGCGGCGCUGGCACAUCGCUGCCGGGCUCGGCAAAGUGCAGUAAAACAUGCCCGGCAUCGCUGCGGCCGCCACGGCGUAGAGAGAGACAGAGAGAGAGACAGAGAGAGGGGACAGUGCUGCUGCUGCUGCUGCAGGGACAGCCGGGGGCUUCCAGAGAGGAGAGACUUCAGCAUGCAAACCUUCAUCUGUUCGGCUUGCACCAUCGUUUUCAUUCCAUGCUGCUGGCCUUCAGAUGGCUGGACAGAUGUCCCAUUCGCAUCAGCAGUACAGUGACCGGCGGCAGCAGAACAUCAGCGACCAGCAGGUCUCGGCCUUAUCCUACGCUGAGCAGCUCGAGCAGCCACUCCCCCUGACAAACCAGAGGCGGAUGCCCCAAACUUUUCGUGAUCCAGCCACUGCUCCAUUGAGGAAACUCUCCGUAGAUUUGAUCAAAACAUACAAGCAUAUUAAUGAGGUUUACUAUGCAAAAAAAAAACGGCGGCAUCAGCAGGGCCAGGGAGAUGAUUCCAGUCACAAAAAGGAGAGGAAAGUUUACAAUGAUGGUUAUGAUGAUGACAACUACGACUACAUUGUGAAAAAUGGGGAGAAGUGGAUGGACCGCUAUGAAAUCGACUCUUUAAUAGGCAAAGGAUCCUUUGGACAGGUUGUGAAGGCUUAUGACCGAGUGGAGCAGGAGUGGGUGGCCAUCAAAAUCAUCAAAAACAAGAAGGCUUUCCUAAACCAGGCCCAGAUUGAAGUGAGACUGCUCGAGCUGAUGAACAAACAUGACACUGAGAUGAAGUACUACAUAGUGCAUUUGAAGCGUCACUUCAUGUUCAGGAACCACCUGUGCUUGGUGUUUGAGAUGCUGUCCUACAACCUGUACGACCUGCUGAGGAACACCAACUUCCGCGGCGUGUCCCUCAACCUGACGCGCAAGUUCGCGCAGCAGAUGUGCACGGCCCUGCUCUUCCUGGCCACCCCCGAGCUCAGCAUCAUUCACUGUGACCUAAAACCAGAGAACAUCCUGCUCUGCAACCCCAAAAGGAGCGCCAUCAAGAUCGUGGAUUUUGGCAGUUCGUGUCAGCUUGGGCAGAGGAUAUACCAAUAUAUCCAGAGUCGUUUUUAUCGAUCACCAGAGGUGCUACUGGGAAUGCCUUAUGACCUUGCAAUUGAUAUGUGGUCCCUUGGGUGUAUUUUAGUCGAGAUGCACACUGGAGAGCCUCUCUUUAGUGGGGCAAAUGAGGUGGAUCAGAUGAAUAAAAUAGUGGAAGUUUUGGGGAUACCACCAACCCACAUCCUCGACCAAGCACCCAAAGCAAGAAAGUUCUUUGAGAAGUUGCCAGAUAGCACUUGGAACUUGAAGAAGACCAAAGAUGGAAAAAGGGAAUACAAACCACCGGGAACUCGCAAACUCCACAAUAUCCUGGGAGUUGAGACAGGAGGGCCGGGUGGGCGCCGUGCUGGGGAGUCAGGUCAUACUGUAGCUGACUACUUGAAGUUCAAAGACCUCAUCUUAAGGAUGCUUGACUACGACCCCAAGACACGAAUCCAGCCCUACUACGCCCUGCAGCACAGUUUCUUCAAGAAAACGGCGGACGAAGGUACCAACACGAGUAACAGCGUGUCCACGAGUCCUGCCAUGGAGCAGUCACAGUCUUCAGGAACCACCUCUAGUACAUCUUCAAGCUCAGGUGGAUCUUCUGGCACGAGCAACAGCGGAAGGGCGCGGUCGGACCCCACGCACCAGCAUCGACACAGCGGUGGGCACUUCACUGCUGCUGUGCAAGCUAUGGACUGUGAAACACACAGCCCACAGGUUCGGCAGCAGUUUCCCCCUCCCAUCGGUUGGACAGCCACCGAAGCUCCCACCCAGGUCACCGUGGAGAACCACCCGGUUCAGGAAACCACCUUCCAUGUAAACCCUCAGCAACAGAACGCAUUACACCAUCACCACGGCAACAGCUCCCACCACCACCACCAUCACCACCACCACCACCACCACCAUGGACAGCAAGCCUUGGGCAGCCGGACCAGGCCGAGAGUCUACAAUUCUCCAACAAACAGCUCCUCCACCCAGGAUUCUAUGGAGGUGGGCCACAGUCACCACUCCAUGACAUCCCUGUCUUCCUCAACUACUUCUUCCUCUACAUCUUCCUCCUCUACUGGUAACCAAGGCAAUCAGGCCUAUCAGAACCGCCCAGUGGCUGCUAAUACCUUGGACUUUGGACAGAACGGAGCUAUGGACAUGAAUUUAACAGUCUACUCUAAUCCGCGCCAAGAAACUGGCAUAGCUGGACAUCCCACGUACCAGUUUUCUGCUAAUACAGGUCCUGCUCAUUACAUGACUGAAGGACACCUUGCCAUGAGGCAAGGCAUUGAUAGAGAAGAGUCUCCCAUGACAGGAGUUUGUGUUCAGCAAAGUCCUGUGGCUAGCUCGUGACUAAACUGAAACUAAGUUUGUUUCUUGUGUGUUUUUAUAGAAGUGGUGUUUUUCCAAAAAAAAAACAAAGUGCAAAGCUGCUUGAAUCAGAAGGAGAUAAACUCACUGAACCGCUACAGGAGGGCAAAGUUGACUAUUUUUUUAAACUUGAAAAGAUUGCAAAGGGACAAUGAAGUUUUUUUUUGUUGGUUUUUUGCUGGGGGGAGGUUUUUUUGGUUGGUUUAUUUUUUUUUAAGAGCCAUGUCUGGACCCACCUUAACGAAUAGCUUAGUGGUGUUCACCUUUUGCUUCCCCCAUUUUAACUUGCCACAACCUAGUCAUAGUUUGGUUUUUUUUGGGGAGGGGUUUUGAUUUUUUUAAAUUUAAAUUUUAAUUUUUUUUUUUGCUCUCAUUCGACAGGGGUUAUUGUUCAAACGUUAGUCAUAGUUGCAAACUAGUUUCUUUUUAAAGGCAUUGCACAUGAUUUCUAAAAAAAGGCCCUUUGAAGUUUUUUGGGUGGGAGGGGGAGUGAGUAAUAUAUAUAUUUUUUUUAGUUCCCCAAACAACCAUGGGCACAGAAAUGCAGUACUGUAAGAAAGAGGGACCUUCAGAUUACACAAAUAUAUUAUUCUUCAGCUGUAAAAAGGGACGGUUGUGACGGAGUUUGUGAGGCACAUUGAGCAUGCGAAGUGGCGGUGAGCAGAACUCUCCUUUUCUGAAUCUACUGAGGAUCAAAGCAGCAAUUGUGAUGGGAAUUCUGUGGGUGCCACCUUUUGGAGCCCACGGGCAGUUAGGAUGGAAAUCUGACUGGUUUCAUAACUGAGGUGCACUGAGAAGCAAUCAACGGGUCGGUCCUGGCCAGUCCUGGGGAGGUCUAAGUGGUGGUCUUUGGGAUAACCUUUGGCCUUAUGGAUUUGGACUCUUAAGUUAGAAGAGCCUACCAUUUCAGAUGCAAUCACUUUUGGACAUGCUUUUGCAGACAGUCCUUAAUGCUGAAAACACAGAGAAUGGGUAAUUCAAGAGGCCUUUCUUUUAAAAUAGACUUUUGUGACCCACUUAUUGUAAGGUAUUGCAAGGUCACUUUGCGUGUGUCAUAAAGUUGACUUCCUUAUUGGUUGAAGGUCACAGGAGUAGUGGUUUGCGUUUGAUGGAAAUAGCUACAACUGUGUCCCUUCCUGCUUUUUACUUUUUUCUUUUGCUUUUUCUCGGCACGUGGUUUUCUCCACCAUUACUUCUGCACAAAGACGUCUUCUGUUCAUCCUGAACAUUUUUAAAAAAAAAAAAAAUGCAGAAUUUUAUGUGACUGCUUUUUUGCCUCACAAUUAUGCUGUGAAUUUUACAAAAAUUUAUUUUCUUUUUUGAUAAUUUAUUGUACCAAAGCUGUUUUUAUAGCACAUAGAUGUCUGUAACCAAUAAUGUAGCAGUUCUGCACUUUGACACAAGGUGUAACUAGACCAUUUUUAAAUGUCAGUUGAAAAAUUAUGGCUGUACUAUUGCUUAAACAAAACUGGAACUGUUGUUGAAUUCAUAGCCAAUACAUUUACAGCAAUCUGUGUACUGAAGAUAAUAGAUUGACAUCUACUCGGAGACUAUAACAUCUGUUACAUUAUCAAUGUGUUCAGGCUUCUGAAGGUUAAAAGGGACACUAGAUCCAGAAGCUAUGAAACCAGCAGUUGAUUCUUGUAUUCCUUAUUAACAAAAUUGUAAACUUGAAGGCAAAGACCUUGAUUGCAUGAACAGGUCCAAAAAAUUAAUAGGCUGAGUAAAGCAAAACCCUCAUGGGAGACCUGAGGUUAGCAGGCUGUAUUUAACAGGUGCCUAAUUUUUGGGUAACGCUGCCUUAAUAUAACACAGUCAGCUUGGCAGUUGCAAAAUUUACGGGCCCAUCCAAGAGAUUUUUUUUUUUUUUUUUUUUGUGGGAAAAGGAAAAAAAAAAAAAAAAAAAAAAAGCUGCGUGAGGAAAAAAAACCUUGGUGAAGGAAUGAAGGUGAGUUCCUUGAUUGCCCAUCCCAGAUGAACAGUGUUGCCCAUCCUCUCUCUUACAGAAGCAGUGAUCUACCUCUGCCAGUCAGCCCUUGGAAAAGUUAAUUUUAGCAGCAAAUGGUCAAUUCCAUGCGGCCAAGUCGUUUUCUCAGUCAAAAAGGUGGAAUUUUUUAUACUCACAGUGGCAACACAGCAGCUGACUACCAUGUAAAUGGGAAGGAAUCCUUGGGAUUAGCUCUUUUUUUGUAAAUCAUGGUUUUCCUGAUCAAAUAUUUCUUUUCAUACCGACACAUCAACCCUGUGGAUGAAAGCAGAUUUCCCCUCCCUCCCCCCCCUUUUUUUUUUCUUUUGGUUGGUUUUCUUUUGAAGCUCAAUAAUUCAGAGAAGUUUAUGGGAUUUGGAAGGCUGUCACCUUAGGAAAGAAUGCUGAGUUUAGCAAUAUCAAAUAAAAGGAAUCCAGUUCUUACUGCUGUCUAGGAAUAUAAGGGUAAAAUGGAAUCUGGGUAACACCACGCACCACCCCUUAGCAAGCGCCAAAAAAACCCCACCAAACCUAAAGCAGUUCAAAGAAAUAACCUCUACAUCGAGAAGAAAACAAACAAACAAAAAAUCAUAAAAUCCAGUGCUUCUGCAUACUGUGUUAUGUUACAGUCCAGUUUUGUGUGCUUUACUACACAGUUUGGUUACAGGACUUCUGUGCAUUGUAAACAUAAACAGCAUGGAAAAGGUUAAAUACCUGUGUUCAGAUUGUAAGAUCUAGUCCGGACUUGCUGUGUAUAUUGUAACGUUAAAUGAAAAGACAAGCCCUUUGUAUUAUAGUCAUGCAGUCUUAUGUAUGAUAAACAGUUGAAUAAUUUGUC